CAGGCCACCAUGCGACGAAUAUUCGGCAUUUUCUGGUGAAACUGCUCGCCGCGAAGGAGUCUACCAUGGAUCCACGGUAUAACUGGACGCCGCCGGCCUAUGCGAACAGUCAAUAUGUGCCAUAUACUCCUCCACAGCAGCAGCAACCGCAACAGCAUCUACAACAGCAUCAACAGCAGCAGCAGCAGCAGCCACAUGGCUAUCAACAACACGGUUACCCCGCGCAGUACCCCCCGAUUCAGAUGGCCAUGCCCCAGCAAUAUCCACAGCUACCGCCCCCUCGUAGUGGCCCUCAGGUCGCCGUCACCCCUCGACAGUUGAGCCAGAACCAGGGCCAGCAGUAUCCGCUCAUGGCUCUCCCGAUGCAGCAUCCGCAGUCGCAACCUCGAGCGCAUCCCCAAGUUCGCAUCCCCGUCAGACCACCGGGUCCCGAGUCGCACAUGCAGACGCCUCCACAAAACCCUCGGAUACGCUACGAACAGGUCUCUGUUCAGCGCCUCGCCAACGGCCGUGUCGCGCAGAUAGAUGGCGCCCACGACCGACGUCCCAUGUACAGCACGCAACAGGUCCCUGCGCCUCCCGCGACGAAGCCAGUGCAAUCCCCAUCCCAGUCACAUCAGGAAAAUGGGCCCCGGCCGCAGCAACGCGUUGUGAGCACGCCUCUCCAAAACCACCGCCAAAACCGCGCACCCUUGCAGCCACAGUAUACGCCCCAACAACGUACACCGUCCAAUCAACAUAGCAGCCCGUCAAUACAAUCGGCGUCCUCUCAGCCAAGGUCGCAUCCCAAAGUCGUCAUUUCCUCGAGGCCUCCCUCCCACCAACUCACCUCACCAACCAAACAUGCUCGUCCGCCUCAGAAAGCAUUACCGGCCGAUCUCUCCGUCAUGCUGCUGUCAGCAGCCGACGAGUACAUUGCUGCCGCGCGCGCUAUGGGUUCCGUCGUGGUGCGAGACAGGAAAGAGGUGGAUCAACGACAGUAUUAUAAGCUUAUGGCUACAGCCAUGGGGUGUAUGGAGGCUGUCUUGAAGAAGUUCAACUUGUCACCGCGUGACGAAGCCAGACUACGCUUACGAUACGCAAGCCUGCUUAUCGAAGAGACGGACAACACCGCCGAGAUUGACGACGCUCUAUCCAAAGGAAUAUCCCUAUGCGGGCGCUGCCGACUCCAAGAUCUGAAGUAUGGCAUGUUACAUCUCCAAGCUCGCUAUCAAUCAAAAACCAACCACCGUGCCGCCCUGAAAUCCUUAGACAUACCAAUAUCAGAGGCAGAGACCUUCCAGCAUAUUGCUUGGGUCUAUGCCUUCCGCUUUCUCAAAGUUUCUUUGAUCCUACAGAUACCCGGUCGCAUCGAGGCUGUCCCAGCUCUUCAACAUUUGCAUGCCAUCUCGGCACACGCAGGAAAGAAUGGAGAUCGGGCGAUAUACGUAGCUUGUAGUGCUUUCGAGGCCAUGGUUCAUCUACGCUCUGGUGCUCCAGAUCGUCUCGAGCACGCACAGAGAGCUAUUGCCGCAGCUCGCAGUCUGCAACUUCAAGUCUCGUCCACACAGCUAGGUUCUUUUGGGACACUCAUCGAUAUCAUUGAUGUUGCUUGUGGUGUUCAACAAGGGAUACCCAACGGCAAGAAGUCAAUCGCCCUCAUCGAAGCCAUGGCAACUCACAACGACGAGACACCGAGCAAAGCGAAUGGACACUUCACUGUGUUGAUCGAGCGGAGCUUCGGUGGAAGCUUGACGAUGGACACUGGUGGCGUAUUUCACAAAAGUGGAGACGGACGUGAUGAAUUGGUCUUCACCUGGCUUCCUACGGAGGAUCUCAAGACACUGUGCCUCCAUAUUAGUGCCUUGGAUCAAAGUGUUCACGAGAGAGGCCUUGUGUACAUUAAGGAAGCCCAUGCCCGGUCGAGAGAAGCUUCCAAACGCCAGACAUCACAGAGUCUCCCCAUUUCCCGUGUUUUGGAUCGAGUGAGCUGGUGUAGAACGCUCGACUGGCACUCGGUGUUCACUCUUGGCCUCAUUGCCUGCUACCGUGAAGACCACCAGACUGCUGAAGAGGCUCGGGCGACGUUGAAAAAGCGUGCCACAAGACCCCCGUUUGCGAACGAUGAUGCCUAUACUCGGACACUAUCGUACCUGUCCGCGGUCAUUGACCAGAGAAGCGGCCGCUUCGAUUCAGCUUCGACCAUCUACUCGUCCAACUUAUUCACCCUUCCUGAAAAGGGAGCUCUCGCUACUUCCAAAUCUGACAUCGAAGUUCUUGCAGCAGUGAAUCGUCUUCUACUCAUACGAAACUCGACGCAUCCAGAGCACUACUUGACUGGUGUGCUAUUGGCUCAACUACAGCCGCUUUGCGAAACUCUCCUGAACCGGUUCGUGAGGAUGGCCAUCCAACUCGCCAACGCUAUGUCGAGUCCCAACGCGUCCAUCAAUCGCCAGAAAACGCUAAUGCAAAACGCGGUCAACGAAGCCAACGGGGUGUUCCAGAGCACACAUAAUCGCGAGUUCGUCAUCAUGGCACUCUGUUACUUUACCAAAAGAUUUUUCGCAGAUAAUGUUGGUGAAAAGGGUCUGCAGGCUGUACGAGCCAGUAGACAAAAUGCGAAUAAAACCCACAAACCUCUCUGGAUUGCCGUCGCAAACGGUCUGUGUAUCGGCACGUUUGAGCGUAACGGCAUGAUGAAUGAGGCGCAAGAGUGCCAGCGCACAUAUGAAAUGAUUAGAGGGAAACUGCCUCUUGCGUUGCAGAAUCAGGAUGACAUGGAUGCAGAAGGAGAUGAAGACGCGGAAGGCAGCAUUGAUGAGUUAGUGUGAGUUAGAUUGAACCUGCGAGGCGCAUUUCGAGGAUCGUCUACAUGUUGUUGGCGUUAUAUGGAACGAAGGUAUAUCCACUGCUCUUUUACAUGUGGGGCUGUAGACCUGGUUAAGGUCAGAGUUGUUCGAAUAGAAUGAUAGCGUGAUACUUCGCACUUGCAAUGGUAUUCGGACAAUGUUGAGAGGAGAGGAAUCUAGCAAGUAGUGUAUGAUCAUUAUUUUCGG